CGUCGAUACAAAAACCUUUGUACAGCGCGUAGAUAUAUAAAGACCUGUGUUAUAUUUUCUCAAGGUAAAUGUUUUGUGUCUAUGAUGAAAAUUGGAUACUGUAGAAAUUGUACGAUGGAAAGUAGCUCUCAAAGAAAGAUAUGUCAAAGACGUAGAAUUAUCAUUAGAAUAAUUGUGGAUUUAACAAUUUGGAUGGCAGCAUCCGUAAUUGCAUUUUAUCUGUUUCUAUUCGAGAAACCAUAUGAAAGAGGUUUCUUUUGUGACGACAAAUCCCUAAGUUACCCAUCUGUACCAGAAACAAUUUCAACACCUGUUAUGGUGGUAGUAGGGCUGACAGCUGCUUUGAUAUUGAUUAUAUCUGUAGAAGUGUUAAAUUGGUUGGAUCUCAAAUGCCGGAAAAGAUACCAGCAUGCAAGUAGUGCUAUAUUUUGUGUGAAAAGCUACAUGGUGUUUAUGAUUGGGUUCCUAAUACAAGAACUGUUUGUAGACACUCUUAAAAACAGAAUUGGAGUACUAAGACCAAAUUUCUUUGAUGUUUGUAAACCACAGUUUAACUUAACGUUAUGCCCGGGGUAUAUAACAGAAUACAUGUGCUCUGGAAAUGACGAAAAAGAAAUCAGAAGCAGCCGACAGUCUUUUCCUUCCGGGCAUUCAUCUUUUGCCAUGUUCAUUGCAGUUUAUUUUAGCUUGUACAUAGAAAACCGUUUGCAUAUAAGGUUCUCUCGAUUACUGAAGAUCUUUCUACAAGUAAGUCUUGUAUUGGCUGCAAUUUUAUGUGGUUUUGGCCGCAUCAGGGAAAACAAACACCAUCUUUCUGACGUUCUAGCUGGUUUUAUACUAGGCAUCACAGUUGCUGUAUUUGUUCAUACAAUGAUGUGGAGGAAAUUUGUAGAAGAUGACAGCCGUAAAGAGGGACAGGAAAACCAGGAGGAAAAAUCACGUGACUGUUGUUGUGUAUGUAACCAGCCUUCUGAUAUUGAAUUUGAUUCACAAACACCAUCAUCUAUAUCACAAAAUGGAUAUUUCCAAAAUAUAGAAAAUGGAAGGAAUUCAUCAUCUGCUAAACUUAUAUCCAUUCAAAACAAUAAUAAUCAAACUAUUUCAGAACGAUCAGAAAUAAUGUAGGAAAAAUAAAAGACAUUUUAACGAUUCAUCUAUUUUUAUAAAAGACCUGUUGCAAGUUUAUCUCAUAAGUUUAAUAAGUGCAAUCGAGAAGAAAUACUUGACAAUAAACAUAAUCAAAACUUAUGUAUAUAGUCUACUAACAAGUCAGAUAUUUGCAUGUAUAUAACUUUCACUUCAUAUCACAUGUACUUUUGUACGUAUGUCAUUAUUGUUCUUAGUUGACAUGAACAUUAUGUAUGAUUUAUACAGAUCUGAACAAAAUGAUUAAAACAUUUGACAAGAUAUAUACUCUGACAUCUAUACAAGUAAUUGUGAAGAAUUGGUACUGAUUAAUAUAAUAUUGAAUUGUUAUAUGAGUUUUAUAUAUUGUUAAUUUCAAUAAAACAAAAUUGUGUU